UCAGAGAGAGCAGGCCCAACUGCAAGCUUUCCUCCUCAGGUGUGGAACAACUUGCAAGGCCUCUCGUCCCCAGGAGCUAGGACAGGCUCUGCCACCAGCCAAAAGUCCCAGGGAACUCUGAGCACUGAAGUGGCAGCUCUCACACCAGCAGCCCUCAGUAAAGACAUGAUGUCUCUGCAGUUGGGGACAGCUGGGAAGGAACGUCAGCUGGCUGAGAAGAGCCGUGAUCUCCAAAAUGUCAGCAUGACCGAAGGUUCGGAGGAAGUUUCGGAAAUGGACCACAUCUCAGACAGACCAGAUGAAAAAGACAAACCUUCUGAAAACCUACAAACCGAUUCCCUUUAUAAGAUGGACACUGAAAAAUGGGAUGGGUUGGAGCAGGAGUCCGAGCACAGCCAGGACCCACCAAGCAAACCCGAUGAGCAAGAAGUGACUCUAGUUUGCGAGGGCCCUCAAGUGUCUCAGCUGUCACCGUCUACGGAUGAGAGCACCCCGAUCCCAGAGAGCUUGACCCACAAGCUGAACUACUGGCAUGCAAAGAUGGGUCUCCAAAUGAAAGAACUCGGAGCCGACCACGGUGACUGGUUGGAGAGAAUCAACAACAUUAUACAAAAUAUAAAUAAUACAGAAAGCACGGUGAAGAGCUUGCUAACCGAGGUUAUAUCCCUGGAAAACCAGUCUAAAAAUCUGGAGGACUCUGAUCAGGAGGCAGACAUUGAGGAGAAGAUCACAGAAAUUAGAAGGCAAUUAAAGGAAGUGAACAUCAAGUUGACUCAGGUCGAUGCUUGCGAAGAAGCCCGUGAAUUGAAGGAGAAGCUUGUUGAACAGAUAGAGAGCUUCCAUAAGGAAAUGAAUGUCUUGAACAGUAAGCUGGAGAUGUACUACACGCAAGGAUCGGAUGCGGACUCCCAUAACUCUGAAGACGUGGACACGGAGCAAGAAGAGCCCCUGGUUCCCGAGGCUUCUCCGAGCCUGUCAGCAUCACCCACUCCCCCCUGCAGUGCCGUGUGGAAGAACGCACUGAAGCUGUUCGUCAUAGUCUACGUGGUCACCAUCACUGGACUGUCGUGCUACAUACUGUUUGUGGACGCCACGUUUCUCUUCGAAAGGGUGCUGCCCAGCGUGCUGGGGCACCGCACCAUGUGGGAUCUUCGGGAGAUGAUGGCGCCUUUCUUGAAUUUAGAAGCAGAAGACUUGUUACCGUCCUAAAGAUCCAAAGUUACCGAUAACUGACACUCUUCCUCUCCAAUAAAGCAUGUUUCUAAAGC